AUGGGCAGAGAAAUACGGCUGGGCACAAAUGGACAGAAUGUGGCAGUCGAGAUUUGGAGCCCGGUUUCGAAGGAGCUUGGCGGCCGGCUGCGCUGGAAGGUGUGGCCGAAUUCUUUGCUAUCGCUGCCCAGUUUUUGGCAGCCGAAAGCCACCGGUUUUUGGGCAAAAGUCAUGGGGGCUAAAGUUUGUAAAGUCAACCGAGGGUUUUAA